ACGUGAGAAUAAAAGCAAGUCAUCGGAGUUGUCGUCACGGUGGGUCUUCCAACGAAAUUACAUCGAAAUCAGGAUUAUUAUAUACUGCAAAACCAACUCCACUUCUAUUCAUUCUUCUUCUUCAGAUUCAGAUCGCAGAGAAACACUUGACACAACUAUUAUGGAAGGCGAAUUUUGCGAGUGCAGGCCAUUGGGUUUUGUGAUUGGAUUGCCCUUUGCUUUUGUUUCUUUGGUUUUGUGUCCUGUGGGUGCAAUCAUCUGGCUUCUUGGGUCAAUAUUGAGUUGCUUGUGUCCAUGUUUCAAAGGCUGCGGAGAAUUGGCCAAUUUGGGUGUGAAUCUUGUAAAGCUUCCAAUUCAAGUUCUUAAAUGGUUCAUUGACCGGAUUCCUUGCUAGGGCCUAGGGGAUAUAUAUUUGUAGUCCCCUCCUUUCAUAGUAAAUUAUUUGUUUGGCACAUUUGGUGUACUUCACUUUUUCAGGGACUGCUUUGUUAUAUUUGUUUCAUUCUUUCUAGAGGAAUGUUAGUUAUAUUUUUUUUUCCACACAUUAUUUCUUAUUGAGUGCGAUAGGAUGGGUAUAAAAAGCCCCAAUAGGUAACUUUUAUAAAACAGAUAAUUUAGAUAUUACUUUUCUGAUAUUAUUUAAUUUUAUUUUAAUUUCCUAAAAUACUAUAUAAUAACACAUGUAUAAUUGUCAUCCAUUAGAAUGAUUA